AGGAUGCCUGCGUACGCCACCAACAUGAGGCUGAAGUUCCCCAUCCUGGCCUUGAUUCUGGAGGUCCUCACCAUCAUCCUGUACGCGGUGUUUGUGGUCUACGAUGAUGGGAAAGAUCACCAUGAUCCCCACAGUCACAAUAAAACUGAAGACAAGCCUUUGGAGCUCUAUCCCAUGUUUCAGGAUGUCCACGUGAUGAUCUUCAUUGGUUUCGGCUUCCUCAUGACAUUCCUCAAGAAGUACGGGUUCAGCAGCGUGGGCGUCAACCUGCUGCUGGCUGCCUUCGGCUUACAGUGGGGGCUCCUCAUGCAGGGCAUCUGGCACCUGGAUGGUGGCAAGAUCAAAGUCAGCAUCUUCAAAAUGAUCAAUGCAGACUUCAGCACGGCCACGGUCCUGAUCUCCUUUGGUGCCGUUCUGGGUAAAACCAGCCCCGUUCAGCUCCUCAUCAUGACCAUUCUGGAGAUCACCAUCUUCUCCAUCAAUGAGCACCUGGUGGCAGAAAUUCUGGGAGCUAAUGAUGUUGGAGCAUCGAUGAUCAUCCAUGCGUUUGGAGCCUACUUCGGCUUGGCUGUGGCUCGAGUUCUUUACCGGCCUAAUUUAAGAGACAGGCAUGAGAACGACGGAUCUGUUUACCACUCUGACAUGUUUGCUAUGAUCGGAACUGUCUUCCUGUGGAUGUUCUGGCCCAGUUUUAACUCGGCCAUCGCCGACCCGGGCCUCCCUCAGCUCACCGCAGUGAUCAACACCUACCUCUCCCUGGCCGCCUGCGUGCUCUCGGCCUACGCCAUCUCCAGCCUGGUGGAGCACAAAGGAAAACUGGACAUGGUGCACAUUCAGAAUGCCACCUUGGCUGGUGGAGUGGCAGUGGGAACUUGCGCUGACAUGAACAUCGAUCCAUUUGGGGCCAUGCUGAUUGGAUUUGUUGCUGGCAUCGUCUCCACUCUGGGCUUCAAGUACCUCUCUCCCGUCUUGGCCUCCAAACUGGGCAUCCAGGAUACCUGCGGAGUCCACAACCUGCACGGCAUGCCCGGCAUCCUCGGCGGCCUGGCUGGUAUCAUAGCUGUGGCUUUGGGGAAAAAAGACGGCUCUGCCUCCAUGCAAGCCGCUGCCUUGGCUUCAUCCAUCGGGUUCGCUUUGAUCGGAGGAGCCAUUACAGGUUUAAUAAUGAAGCUGCCGUUCUGGGGUCAACCUCCGGACCAGAACUGCUUCGAUGACUCACUUUACUGGGAGGUUCCUGAGGAAGAGGAGGAGAACGAAGGCAGUUUGGCUGCUGCAGAACAAUCCAAGAACAAAGCAGAAGUUUAAAUAUCUGCUCCUCAUCAGAAGAAGAUGCCAGGAGUUUUCUUUAACUUCAGCUCUAGCUUUAAGCUACAGUAAUGUGAUCUGAAAUACAGAAUUUACAACCAUUAAGCUAAUCUUUUCACAUCUCUUAAAUAUAAAGAGGCAGUUAAUUUUAUUUCAUAGCUCAGGUUAAGUUUAAAAUUAGCAAGGGAAGAUGUACAGUAAACACACACACAAAAAAGCAAAUUUUAUCCGGAUAAGAAAAGCAUUUAAGUAAAUUGAUUUAUAUAUAAAGAAAACAACCAUAACUAAAUAAAAUUUUACUGAAAAUUUUGAUUUGAUUUGAA